UGGGCGAGUUUCUUCUGAGAGUGAGCACAGAAACAUGUCUAUCCUGAAGAUACAUGCCCAUGAGAUUUUUGAUUCUAGGGGCAACCCCACUGUCGGGGUGGACCUCUACACAGAGAAUGGUCUGUUUCAAGCUGCUGUCCCUAGUGGAGCGUCUACUGGAAUCUAUGAAGCAUUGGAGCUGAGAGACAAUGAUAAGUCACGUUACCUAGGCAAAGGUGUAUCAAAGGCUGUCGAGCAUGUGAACCAAACUAUUGCUCCUGCCCUGAUCAGCCAGGGAAUUCCUGUACUUGAGCAAGAAAAGAUUGACCAGUUCAUGCUGGAACUGGACGGAACUGAUAACAAGUCUAAAUUUGGAGCUAAUGCCAUCCUGGGUGUGUCCCUGGCUGUGUGUAAGGCAGGAGCUACAGAGAAAGGUGUUCCUCUGUAUCGUCACAUUGCUGACCUUGCUGGAAACCCAGAGGUCAUCUUGCCUGUCCCGACUUUUAAUGUGAUCAAUGGUGGCUCACAUGCUGGCAAUAAGUUGGCAAUGCAGGAAUUCAUGAUUCUGCCUGUCGGGGCCAGUAGCUUUAAGGAAGCCAUGCACAUUGGUGCAGAGGUGUACCACAAUCUAAAGAAUGCUAUUAAGGAGAAAUAUGGAAAGGAUGCCACGAACGUUGGGGAUGAGGGAGGAUUUGCACCAAACAUCCUGGAGAACCAAGAAGCCCUAGAGCUGUUAAAAGUAAAGCUGGAUACACAGAUGAGAUUGGUGAUUGGCAUGGAUGUGGCGGCAUCUGAAUUCUAUGGUGAUGGAAAGUAUGACUUAGACUUCAAGUCUCCUGAUGACCCCAACGGUACAUCAGCCCCGAUGAGCUUGCUGACCUUUACAAAAGUUUCAUUCAGGAUUAUCCUGGACCCCUUUGAUCAAGAUGAUUGGGAGGCCUGGACCUAUUUUACCAACAGCACAGACAUACAGGUGCUGGGAGAUGAUCUUACUGUCACCAACCCCAAACGCAUUGCUAACGCAGUGGAAAACAAGGCUUGCAACUGCCUGUUGCUCAAAGUCAAACAGAUCGGAAAGUGUUACUGAAUCUCUGCAGGCUCAAAUGCUUGAUAUUACAUAUAAAUGAAGAAUAACAAUUUGCCCAUAUAUUUUUUCAGUGAUUUUUGGUUAUAAACAUAGAGGCAUAAAUAAGGAAAUGUGUUUCACUUUUUCUGCAUACCUGCUUGUUUUCUUCAUGCACAGAAUUGAAGAGGAACUGGGGGAUAAAGCUCAGUUUGCUGGGAAAAACUUCAGAAAUCCACUGAACUGAGACCACAAAAGUAAAGUUUGAACUACUUACCAUCCUACAGUAAAUGGACUAAUAGUUCAGUUCAAGAUGUGGCAAUACCAACAGGAAGUAGCAGUCAUAUUUGCUAUGACUGAAGAUUAGGAGGAUACAGGGACCAUAUCAUCAAGCAUACAGAUAAAAAGCAUCAUAAACUUUGUGAUUGUGACCAUUUGGAUGAGUUUUACAUGUAGUUGAGUGAUAAUGAAUGUAUUGCAAAAAAAAAUAAAAAUAAAAAGCAAACCUGCUGCAUA